ACACUGCAUGUAUCAUACUUCAGACUGUUGAUUCGUAUUGCGGAAAAUAGCGGGAAACGAAUUGGCCCGCUAGAAAAUGUCCGCCGUGCAACGGCUCGUAAUCUAUUUACGUGAAUGAUAAAUACUUGGCCAAUAUGGGUAUUUUAGGCUUGUCAAAGUUAAUAGCGGACAUAGCUCCGGAAGCAAUUAAAGAACAAGAAUUGAAGAAUUAUUUUGGUCGCAAAAUAGCGAUCGAUGCGUCCAUGUGUUUGUAUCAAUUCCUUAUUGCUGUGCGCAGCGAAGGUGCACAGCUCACUACUGUAGAUGGAGAGACAACCAGUCAUUUAAUGGGCACGUUUUAUCGCACCAUACGUUUAGUAGAGCAAGGGAUAAAGCCUGUGUAUGUGUUUGACGGAAAACCACCAAAUUUGAAAGAUGGAGAAUUAGCUAAACGGGCAGAAAGAAGAGACGAGGCGCAGAAACUUCUGCAGGCUGCGGAAGAAGAUGGAAAUGUGGAAGAUAUAGAUAAAUUUAGCAGAAGGUUGAUUAAAGUUACAAAGACUCAUGUCGAGGACGCUAAACAAUUGCUCCAAUUAAUGGGUAUACCUUACGUUGAUGCACCUUGCGAAGCCGAAGCGCAGUGCGCUGCCCUAGUGAAAGCUGGCAAAGUGUUUGCUACUGCUACGGAGGAUAUGGAUGCUCUUACUUUCGGCUCCAACGUACUACUUCGACGUGUGACCUUCAGCGAAGCUCGGAAGUUGCCUGUGCAAGAGAUUCAUUUCGACAAGGUCCUUGCUGGCUUGGAAUUAAAUCACGAUGAGUUCAUUGAUCUCUGUAUUAUGUUGGGCUGCGAUUAUACCGGUAGCAUCAAAGGUGUCGGUCCGAAACGAGCGAUAGAAUUGAUAAAGAAUCACCGAUCCUUGGAAAAGAUCAUUGAGAGUAUCGAUACGAAAAAAUAUCCCGUUCCAGAAAAUUGGAAUUACAAGGAGGCGAGGAUGUUGUUUCAAGAACCGCAAGUGGCGAGCGCCGAUGAUAUUCAGUUGAAAUGGUCCGAACCAGAUGAGGAGGGUCUGGUGAAAUUCUUGUGUGGGGACAAGCAGUUUAAUGAGGAGCGGGUAAGAAAUGGAGCCAAGAAACUGCAUAAGGCUCGAAAUACAUCGACGCAAGGCCGAUUGGACUCAUUUUUCAAAGUUUUACCUAGUACGACUCCGUCAAAGCGAAAGAUAGAGGAAAAGAAGCCACCGGCUAAAAAGGCGAAGGGAGCAGGUAACAGUAAAUUCCGCGGUAAAGCAAAGUGAGAAUAAUUUUAAGAAUUGAAUGAUAAUUGUACAAUAGUGCGAAUCUUACUUAUAUUUUAUGUACUCUACACAUAUGUAUCUAGAUUGUCUCGAAUGUUGUGUAAGUCUUGCUCCUUGAGUGUCUCGAGUUUUUAUCUCAUGUCUCGUAUUUACCUGUUUAAAUUUUUAUAAUAAAUAUACAGUUGCCGCUAGU